AGAAUGGGGUUCGUGGAGGGAAGUUUGGUAAAGAAGUUCUGAGGGGUGAUGAGGAGGUCCUAGAGCAGAACCAAAAGUUCAGCCGAGCCCUUGAAUGCCACCUCUGGAUCGUAGGUCGUGGAACGGGGGCCACUGAGUGAGCUGUCUUCAUUCAUUGAGCAGAAAAGCAGCCCAGGGCAUUGGCUUUGGUGCUGAUGAUCUGUGAACCCGGGAGGUGGCUGCAUCUUCUAGGAUUUCUCCUCCUGACCGUAACACCGCGCCGCGAUGUUUGGUCUUGUUUUCCAGAAAUCGCGCAGGUUAUUGCCUAUUAUGCUGCCACAGGUCCCGAGCAGCUGACUCUGGCCCCUGGUCAGCUGAUUUUGAUCCGAAAAAAGAACCCAGGCGGUUGGUGGGAAGGAGAGCUGCAAGCACGUGGGAAGAAGCGCCAGAUAGGCUGGUUCCCCGCUAAUUACGUAAAACUUUUAAGCCCCGGGACAAGCAAAAUCACUCCAACAGAGCCCCCGAAGCCGACGGCGUUCCCAGCAGUGUGCCAGGUGAUCGGCGUGUACGACUACAGCGCCCAGAACGACGACGAACUGGCCUUCAGCAAGGGCCAGAUCAUCAACGUCCUCAACAAGGACGACCCCGACUGGUGGAGAGGAGAAGUCAACGGCCAGGUGGGGCUCUUCCCCUCCAACUACGUGAAGCUGACGGCGGACACGGACCCAAGCCAGCAAUGAAUCAUAUGUUGUCCAUCCCCCCCUCAGGCUUGAAAGUCCUCAAAGAGACCCACUAUCCCAUAUCACUGCCCAGAGGGAUGAUGGGAGAUGCAGCCUUGAUCAUGUGACUUCCAGCAUGAUCACCUACUGCCUUCUGAGUAGAAGAACUCACUGCAGAGCAGUUUACCUCAUUUUACUUUAGUUGCAUGUGAUGACAAUGUCAAGCUAUUACUUACAGAGAUAGAAGCGAACCUUACAAAAAAUACACAGGGUAGUGGGUCCUUUUGUGGCUUUCCUAGUGACUCAAAUUGAUGUCCCCCCACCUUUGCACACAGGUGCUUUCAAUAGUUUUAAAAGUGUUUUUUUUAAAAAAUAUAUUUUAGCCUUUUAAUAAAAAUCAAUAAAUUACUCCUUUGCUAUUUCCGUUUUGCAAAAAGACCCACUAUCAAGGAAUGCUGCAUGUGCUAUUAAAGAAAUGUUCCAAAUGUCCAUAAAUCUGAGACUUGAUGUAUUUUUUUUUUCAUUUUGUCCAGUGUUACCAACUAAAUUGUGUAGUUUGGGCUUCCCCCCUGCUGUAGACGUACAGAGGAAUUCAGUAUAUCUGUUUUUAAAGACGUGUAGAAUGACCCCAAUUAAACAGAAGGUGUUUUGUGCUUGUUUGUGUGUAUCAGAUGUAUCUUGCUGAGCAUGUAAUAAUACAUCCUGUACCUAAGAAAUUAGUUCUUCCCCAUGGCAAAAGCUACUACCUUGUACGAUGCGCUAAUCACAUUGCAUUAAUUGGAUUUUGCACAGUGACCCUGUAGCCCCGUGAGAAAGCACCUGUGUUUUUGUUCGGUCUCAGAUUUAUCUGGUGGAGUUGGUGUUUUCUGUUUUGGGUUUUUAAUUUGGCGUGUUUUCAUACCAUAAAAGCAGUAGAUGACACCGUUGCGGUGGUGACGAUCCACAAUACCCACAAUCUCUUCUCGGUCUCUGUUACGUGAAGUUUUUACCGCAGUUCCUUUUCAUGGAAUGACCUAUUUCGAACAAGUCAUUUUCUUGACAAGAAAGAAUGUAUAGAAGCCUCCCUGCGAUUAAUUUCCAAUGUUUACAUUUUUUAACUAGACUGUGGGAUGUCUGCAGCUUAAUAAUGAAACGGAGCUCCUGGUCUGUGUAUGUGUCCGACGCGUGCUAGCUGAAGCCGUGUGUGUCUUUUUUAAACACUAGUUGGAAGCUCUCAAUAAAAAUGCCCGUUGCUGACAGCACAGGAGACCGGGUAGGGGAAGCCUCGAGCCCAGUCUCCCAGUUUCCACUGAUGCCUUUGUAACCUGCAGUCACAUCUCCCUCGGGAGCAGCUACCUGUGCUGGGGGGUGCGUUGUGAGGCCCUCCUCCAGUCCCGGGCGCAGGGGCCGGCACUCCGCCUCCUCCCCUCGCCCUUCAGUGUUUUCAUGGAUUUGAAUGUAAGAUAUAUAAAUAUAUAAACCUGCGGCUUUAACAACUGUAAUACGCCCUUUUGAAUUAGUGACGUGUAUAGAUAAUUAAAUUCUUCAUAUAAAAGUUA